AUGUCAGCCGCCGCCGGCAGCCGCAAAACGGUGCGCUCCGCCUCCGCCAUCGUGGCCGCCAAGGAGAGCGGCCAGCACCUCCUCAAGAUCGACGGCUACUCCCGCACCAAGGACGAGCUCCCCACCGGCAGCGACGUCAAGUCCCGGCCUUUCCGCGUCGGCGGCCACAGCUGGUACAUCCGCUACUACCCCAACAGCGACACUUCGGAAAACGCAGGCUCCAUCUCCGUCUACCUCGCGCUCGACCACAAUGUCACCAAAGGCGUGAGAGCUCGAUACAAGUUCAGCUUGCUCGACCGUGCCAGGAGGCCGUCGUACUCCAAGAGCAGCGGCCCAGACGUCUUCCUUAGCAGUGGUUGGGGGUGGCGGGCUUUCAUCAGCAGGGAUGAACUGGAGAAAUCGGAGUAUCUCCGAGACGACUGCUUCACGAUCAUGUGCGACCUCACGGUCUUCAAGGAGAUGGAGACCGAGGACAUCGACGUCGCCGCCGCAGCACCACCAGCGCCGCCGCCGCCGGCGGUGGUGGUCCCACCAUCGGAUCUGCGCCAGCACCUUGGAGGCCUCCUCGCCACCGGGGAGGGCGCCGACGUGACGUUCGAGGUCGACGGCGAGACGUUCGCGGCGCACCGGUGGGUGCUCGCGGCCCGGUCUCCGGUGUUCCGCGCGGAGCUCCUCGGCCCGGAGAAGAACGCAGGCGCCGCCGUCGUGCGCGUCGACGACAUGGAGGCGCAGGACUUCGUGGCUCUGCUCUGCUACAUGUACACCGACUGCCUGCCGGAGAGGGACGGGGGGGAGGCGGCGGCGAUGCUCCCGGACCUGGUCGCGGCGGCGGGCAGGUACAAGAUGGAGAGGCUCAGGCUGGUGUGCGAGCAGAGGCUAUGCGAGUACGUGAACGCGAGAACCGUUGUUGCCAUGCUUGCCUUCGCCGAGGAGCACCGCUGCAACGGGCUCAAGGAGAAGUGCUUGCGUUUCCUCGACGAUCCGGUAAAAGUGAGGGAGAUCGUGAGGGCAGAGGGACUCGAGAAUCUGAUCAAAAAUCACCCUUCUGUUUUGAAGGAUGUAAUUGCCAAGCUUGCCGCCUCAUAA